UCUUUGUUCCCUCUGGUUCUAUACCUGUAUUGCGCUGGUUUUAGAGCUGCCUCGUGUGGCGCAGUGCUGUAAUGGUUUGUUGGUCAGAGUUUCCUGUUCCAGCUCCCUGGAGGAUUCAGUCAUACAGGAACUCCCGAGUGCUCCGCCUGGCUCUGUGAGCAUUACCACUCAGCGCACCAGGGAUCCGUAUCGAGAGGAAAUCACUCGCACUGAUAUAACAAAACGUUUUCAAUACAUAAACGGGCCGGAGGAGUGUUUACACGCCAAAAUCACCACUUCAUCUCUUUAAGCAAGUUUCGCUCAAUGGGAUCGCUUGCUGCGGAGCUGUAAACUUCCCCCCUGGAAAACGAGGUCUGGAUAUCUAGAAGUGCGGCAGUGCCAUCACCAUGACGACCACGGUGACUCUCGAGGACGCCUUGUCCAAUGUGGACCUGCUGGAGGAGCUGCCUCUCCCGGACCAGCAGCCCUGCAUCGAGCCCCCUCCCUCCUCCUUGAUAUACCAGCCGAAUUUCAAUACCAACUUUGAAGACAGGAAUGCCUUUGUCACCGGCAUCGCCCGAUACAUCGAACAAGCAACAGUCCACUCCAGCAUGAAUGAAAUGCUUGAGGAGGGUCAGGAGUAUGCCAUUAUGCUGUACACCUGGAGGAGCUGCUCCAGGGCCAUUCCACAGGUGAAGUGCAAUGAGCAGCCGAACAGAGUGGAGAUUUACGAGAAGACCGUGGAGGUCCUGGAGCCAGAGGUCACCAAGCUCAUGAACUUCAUGUACUUCCAGCGCAAUGCCAUCGACCGGUUCUGUGGAGAGGUGAAGAGGUUGUGUCACACGGAGAGAAGGAAGGACUUCGUCUCUGAGGCCUACCUCCUGACCCUGGGCAAGUUCAUUAACAUGUUUGCAGUGCUGGACGAGCUCAAAAACAUGAAGUGCAGCGUCAAGAACGACCACUCGGCCUACAAGAGAGCUGCUCAGUUCCUUCGGAAGAUGGCUGACCCCCAGUCCAUUCAGGAGUCACAGAAUCUUUCAAUGUUCCUCGCUAACCACAAUAAAAUUACCCAGACCUUACAGCAGCAGCUGGAGGUUAUCCCUGCGUAUGAAGAGCUCCUGGCUGAUAUUGUGAACCUGUGUGUGGAUUACUAUGAGAAUAAGAUGUAUCUCACUCCCACCGAGAAACACAUGCUGCUGAAAGUAAUGGGUUUUGGUUUGUAUCUGAUGGACGGGUCAGUGAGCAACAUCUACAAACUGGAUGCCAAGAAGCGCAUUAAUUUGAGCCGCAUUGACAAGUUUUUUAAGCAACUACAGGUAGUUCCAUUGUUUGGUGAUAUGCAGCUUGAGCUGUCGAGAUACAUCAAGAACAGUGCGCAUUUCGAGGAGAACAAGUCCAGGUGGUCGUGCACCUCCACUGGCAGCAGCCCUCAGUAUAACAUCUGUGAGCAGAUGAUCCAGAUCCGAGAAGACCACAUGCGCUUCAUCUCCGAGCUCGCCCGAUACAGCAACAGUGAGGUUGUGACUGGCUCAGGAAGGCAGGAGGCCCAGAAGACUGACUCUGAGUAUCGGAAGCUGUUUGACUCGGCUCUGCAGGGGCUACAGCUCCUGUCGCAGUGGAGUGCCCAUGUCAUGGAAGUGUACUCCUGGAAGCUGGUGCAUCCCACAGACAAGUACUCCAAUAAAGACUGCCCAGACAAUGCAGAGGAGUAUGAAAGGGCAACAAGAUACAACUACACCACCGAGGAGAAGUUCGCUCUUGUGGAGGUGAUGGCCAUGAUCAAGGGUCUGCAGGUCCUGAUGGGCAGGAUGGAGAGUGUCUUCAACCACGCUAUUCGGCACACCAUCUUCUCUGCUCUCCAAGACUUCGCCCAGCUCACCCUGAGGGAGCCCCUGCGCCAGGCAAUCAAGAAGAAGAAGAACGUCAUUCAGAGUGUUCUUCAGGCUAUCAGGAAGACCAUAUGUGACUGGGAGACUGGACGGGAGCCCCAUAACGACCCCGCUCUCCGAGGAGAGAAGGAUCCCAAGGGAGGCUUCGAUAUCAAAGUGCCGAGACGGGCUGUGGGACCCUCCAGUACACAGCUGUACAUGGUGAGAACCAUGCUAGAGUCUCUCAUUGCUGACAAAAGUGGUUCCAAGAAAACUAUGCGGAGCAGCCUGGAGGGCCCCACCAUCCUGGAUAUGGAGAAAUUCCACCGGGAAUCCUUCUUCUACACACACUUGUUAAAUUUCAGUGAAACGCUGCAGCAGUGCUGUGACCUGUCCCAGCUCUGGUUCCGUGAGUUCUUCCUGGAGCUGACCAUGGGCAGGAGGAUCCAGUUCCCCAUCGACAUGUCCAUGCCCUGGAUCCUCACCGACCACAUUCUGGACACCAAGGAGGCCUCCAUGAUGGAAUACGUUCUUUAUCCUUUGGACCUUUACAACGACAGCGCACACUAUGCCCUGACGAAAUUCAAGAAGCAGUUCCUCUACGAUGAGAUCGAAGCCGAGGUAAAUCUGUGUUUUGACCAGUUUGUCUACAAGCUUGCUGACCAGAUAUUUGCCUACUACAAGAUUCUAGCUGGAAGCCUUCUUUUAGACAAGCGACUGCGCGCAGAGUGCAAAAACCAGUCUGCUAACAUCCCAUGGCCAGCCUCCAACAGAUAUGAGACCUUACUGAAGCAGAGGCAUGUGCAGCUGCUGGGCAGAUCUAUAGACCUGAACCGACUGAUCACACAGCGGGUCUCUGCUGCCAUGUACAAGUCCCUGGAGCUGGCGAUCAACCGUUUCGAGAGCGAGGACCUCACCUCCAUCAUGGAGCUGGAUGGAUUAGUGGAAAUCAAUCGCAUGACUCACAAGCUGCUCAGUAAAUUCCUGACUCUGGACAGUUUUGACGCCAUGUUCAGAGAGGCGAAUCACAACGUGUCGGCGCCCUAUGGAAGAAUCACGCUUCAUGUCUUCUGGGAGCUCAACUACGACUUCCUUCCAAACUACUGCUACAACGGGUCCACCAACAGAUUUGUGCGCACUAUCCUGCCCUUCUCCCAGGAGUUUCAGAGGGAUAAGCAGCCCAAUGCCCAGCCCCAGUACCUGUACGGGUCAAAGGCACUCAAUUUGGCAUACAGCAGCAUUUACAGCUUCUACAGGAACUUUGUGGGCCCGCCUCACUUCAAGGCAAUCUGCAGACUCCUGGGAUACCAGGGCAUCGCCGUGGUGAUGGAGGAGCUGCUCAAGGUUGUCAAGAGUCUGCUGCAAGGGACCAUUCUCCAGUAUGUGAGGACUCUAAUGGAAGUGAUGCCCAAAAUCUGCAGACUCCCCAGGCAUGAGUACGGCUCUCCAGGCAUCCUGGAGUUCUUCCAUCACCAGCUGAAGGACAUAGUGGAGUAUGCAGAGCUGAAGACUGUGUGCUUCCAGAACCUCCGAGAAGUGGGCAAUGCCAUGCUGUUCUGCCUCCUCAUGGAGCAGUGCCUGUCCCAGGAGGAGGUGUGUGACCUGCUCCACGCAGCCCCGUUCCAGAACAUCCUGCCCAGGAUCCAUGUGAAAGAAGGUGAACGCCUUGAUGCCAAAAUGAAACGCCUGGAAGCAAAAUACACACCACUUCAUCUGGUGCCCCUGAUCGAGCGUCUGGGCACCCCACAGCAAAUUGCUAUUGCAAGGGAGGGAGACCUGCUGACCAAAGAGAGGCUGUGCUGUGGUCUGUCCAUGUUUGAGGUGAUCUUGACCAGAGUGCGAAACUUCCUGGAUGAUGAUAUCUGGCGCGGCCCCCUGCCCAGCAAUGGCGUGAUGCACGUGGACGAGUGCGUGGAGUUCCACAGGCUGUGGAGCGCCAUGCAGUUUGUGUACUGCAUCCCCGUGGGGGCCCACGAGUUCACAGUGGAGCAAUGCUUCGGAGAUGGACUGCACUGGGCCGGCUGUAUGAUCAUUGCCCUGCUGGGGCAGCAGAGGCGCUUUGACGUGCUGGACUUCUGCUACCACCUGCUGAAGGUUCAGAAGCACGACGGCAAGGACGAGGUCAUCAAGAGUGUGCCUCUGAAGAAGAUGGUGGACAGGAUCCGGAAGUUCCAGGUGAUCAAUGAUGAGAUCUUUGCUGUACUAGGCAAGUACCUGAAGUCUGGGGAUGGAGAGAGCAUGCCGGUGGAGCAUGGGGAUGGAGAGAGCAUGCCGGUGGAGCAUGUCCGCUGUUUCCAGCCACCGAUCCAUCAGUCACUGGCUAGCAAUUAAGUGGAGUAUAGACACUGUGCCUCCCUCCUUAUGAGAUGGAAAAACAAAUUAACUGUCCUUGACAUCAAUCAGAUCUUUAUUAAAUGGAAUAUAGACACUGUGCCUCCCUCCUUAUGAGAUGGAAAAACAAAUUAACUGUCCUUGACAUCAAUCAGAUCUUUAUUAAAUGGAAUAUAGACACUGUGCCUCCCUCCUUAUGAGAUGGAAAAACAAAUUAACUGUCCUUGACAGCAAUCAGAUCUUUAUUAAAUGGAAUAUAGACACUGUGCCUCCCUCCUUAUGAGAUGGAAAAACAAAUUAACUGUCCUUGACAUCAAUCAGAUCUUUAUUAAAUGGAAUAUAGACACUGUGCCUCCCUCCUUAUGAGAUGGAAAAACAAAUUAACUGUCCUUGACAUCAAUCAGAUCUUUAUUAAAUGGAAUAUAGACACUGUGCCUCCCUCCUUAUGAGAUGGAAAAACAAAUUAACUGUCCUUGACAUCAAUCAGAUCUUUAUUAAAUGGAGUAUAGACACUGUGCCUCCCUCCUUAUGAGAUGGAAAAACAAAUUAACUGUCCUUGACAUCAAUCAGAUCUUUAUUAAAUGGAAUAUAGACACUGUGCCUCCCUCCUUAUGAGAUGGAAAAACAAAUUAACUGUCCUUGACAUCAAUCAGAUCUUUAUUAAAUGGAAUAUAGACACUGUGCCUCCCUCCUUAUGAGAUGGAAAAACAAAUUAACUGUCCUUGACAGCAAUCAGAUCUUUAUUAAAUGGAAUAUAGACACUGUGCCUCCCUCCUUAUGAGAUGGAAAAACAAAUUAACUGUCCUUGACAGCAAUCAGAUCUUUAUUAAAUGGAGUAUAGACACUGUGCCUCCCUCCUUAUGAGAUGGAAAAACAAAUUAACUGUCCUUGACAGCAAUCAGAUCUUUAUUAAAUGGAAUAUAGACACUGUGCCUCCCUCCUUAUGAGAUGGAAAAACAAAUUAACUGUCCUUGACAGCAAUCAGAUCUUUCCAACGUCCUGUACACGCUUGUGCCUUAUUAAAUGUUUUCAAAAUCAUAUUAACUCUAAAUGUCCCCAUAAUUUGUUGUUUAAGCCUUAAAUUGGUAGUGUGUUGGGUUUUUUUUUUUACUAUACUACCAUAGUUAUUUUUGUAUGUUUUAUACCUUGUAUUUGAACUUGUGACUGGGUAAGGGAAUGCAGUGGUUGCUAAAAAUGUAUUUAAUCAGCUGAAAAUAACUUUAAAAAAAAAAAAUGUGGGUUGGUCUGUAGGAAAUACUUUGUUUUCGUAAUGAUAAAUUGCAUGCUUGAAUUAUUUAAAAACCUUAUUGAUCAUUUAACAAUCAGAAUUAUGGAGUUUAACCAAUUAUACUUUUUCAAUUGUAUGUUAACCAUUUAUUGCCUAUGACUUUUUUGUAUUUGACAUCUUAUAACUACAUUUGAUUUCAUUAAAAACAGUGAAUCUUG